AUGGACGACGAAGCGCUUGACCCCCAUACGCAGGACUUCUCGGACCCCACGAGCAGCCUCGGCAGGGUAAAGAGUGAGAAGAAGAAGGUGAAAUUGGCCGGCAGCUUCGUGCACUCGUCUGCGGAUCCGCGGCAGCACCACUGGAAGAGGCUCCGGAAACUCCUCGCAAGCAUCCACCUGGCCAACUUUAUGGCGCUUGUGGUUCUGGUGGAUGCAUAUUGCACGUGCGUUGAUAUUGACGCAAGUGCAGCGGGCGUUCACACACCUGGCAUCUUCACGACGAUCGCAACGAUGUGUCUGGUGAUGUACACUCUCGAAGCAGCGGCCUUGCUUCUUGCCUUUGGCCCGAGGCUCUUCUUCAGCGACUGGAUAGGGACGCUCGAUGUGAUCAUCGUGUCGUGCGGCUGGGCGGAGAAGGUCAUAACUGCAGCGGGCGUGGGAUCCAUUGGCUUCCGCACGGCAGUGCUGCGUGCUCUGCGGCUGGUGAGGAUUUUCCGCCUCUUGCGGUCACUGAAGAGGAUCCGGGCCUUGCGCGAGCUGUACAAGCUGGCCCUGAUGAUGGCCACGUGCUUCAAGGCCCUGCUCUGGUGCUUUCUGCUCUGCUUCAUGGUGAUGACCGUCUGGGCCAUGCUGAUGGUGGAAGUCGUAAGCCCGUACGUGCGGGAGAUGGGCGUCUUCAGUAGCUGCCCACAAUGCACGCGGGCUGUGUCCUCGGUGAUGGAUGCGAACCUGCUGCUGUUCAAAACAGUGAUUGCUGGCGAUUCAUGGGGCGAAGUGGCUGUACCUGUCAUCCAGGAGCAUCCUGAGACAGCCGUCAUCUUCAUCGGCUCUUCUCUCUCCCUGGUCUUCGGCGUUCUGAAUCUUAUUGUCGCCGUUGUGGUCGACACCUUUGCAGAUGCUCGGCAACAUGACGUCCAGAGCUUGGCCGAAGAGAUGGAGGUGGAGAUCGACCACGAUCGAAAGAUCUUGGCAAAGCUGUUCCAGCGGAUGGACCGAGACGGGAGUGGGCAGCUGUCUCUUCAGGAGCUCAUAGAAGGAGCUUGUCAAGACCCAGCCUUUCAGAGUCGGCUGCGGGUCAUGGACAUUGAUGAGCAGGACUUGGAGCAGUUGUUCCACAUGAUCGACCAAGAUGGAUCUGGAUCGGUGUGGAGGUGGCAGUUUCAUUGGCCCCCUGAGCAGGUGGGCGCAUGA